AGUGAUAUAUCGACGCGAGGUCCAACAUCGUAAGUUGCAGUUCUUAGAGUUGUGAUAGGGAUUUACAUCAUCCACAUCUUUUAGUGUUCUCUCUCGUUUAUCAAAGACACAGAAUACACAUAACAUUUGUUAUGUGGUCCCCAAGGUUAGCAGUCUGGCUUCUAGUCUUGUCACUGGGCGCGGUAAAGUCAAGACACCGAGAAGUUAGUGAUUUCCGUGAAAAUCAAGAUGAUCAUUUCCUGAACUUACGUUUAGAAGAUGAUGAUGAUGUUAUGGAGCUCAAAGAAAAAAGUCCGUGUGAUGCUAUGAUAUGUGGAAAAGGUCGACAGUGUGAAGUGAACGAAGCAGGUCAAGCCGUCUGCACUUGUCAGCUUUAUUGUAAACAUCAUAGAAAGCCGGUUUGCGGAACGGACGGUAAUUUCUACACCAGUCACUGUGAGCUUCAUCGGGCAGCCUGCCUAGCUGGGAAGACCAUCCGAAUCGAUCGUAAGAGAGGAUGUUUGAAGAAAAAAGUAGGGUCACAGGAAACGUCAACAGAAGACCACAAGUUUACUGGAACCACGACAGAGGGGAAGAGAACUGAUACACCUGUCUUAUGGACUAACCUUCCAAAACCAGAGCUGAGAACACUUACAACAACUCCAAAACCUGAGCCUGAGACUACUCCUAGGGAAUGUACCCAAGAAGAAUACGACUUUAUGAAAGAAAAUCUUUUGCUCUUUAACAAUGCAGAAUUGAUGAACAACAAAAAAUCAGGAAAUGAAUAUCUUGUCAGUAUUAUGUUUUCACACUAUGACCAGAACAACAAUGGAUUACUAGAAGCUGAGGAACUAUGGCAAGCUGGUGAACGAGACCACCUUGGUCGUCUGUCCACUGCAUGUAUAUUGGCUGAUAUGUUACUUUUUGAUGAUCCCGAUGAAGAUGGCAAACUCAACAUCAAUGAGUUUUAUCUUGCCUUUAGUAAGUUAUACAGUGUAUCUGUUGUAUCUUUGGAUAAAUCUCUGGAGAUCAAUCAUGUGAUGGCUUCUGUUGGAGAUAAUGUGGAGAUCAAAUGUGAUGUCAGUGGAACCCCACCCCCACCUAUUGUGUGGCGGAGGAAUGAUCUGGAUCUGUCAAUUUUGAAUGAAGAAGAAAUAAAGGUUUUUGUUGAUGGGUCCCUCUACUUGACCAAUGUUCAGCUUGUACAUGGAGGAAAUUAUACUUGUCAUGCCCAGAGGAACAGAGAUGUUUUUCAGACCCAUAUCCUUCAUGUUCACACUCUACCUGAGGUCCAUGUCAUCCCUAAACUUCAGUCUAGAGCUCCUGGAGAGUUGGUUGAAAUGGAAUGUCAUGUAACUGGUGUACCCACUCCAAAUGUCUCCUGGCUGAAGAAUGAUGAUGAGUUGAGAGUGGGAGCUGACAAAUAUACUGUUGUGGGUAAUGGGACUGCCCUCAUGGUUGGCAAGAUAACUUAUAGUGAUACUGGGGCAUACAUGUGUGUAGCUUCCAACACAGCUGGAUCCAUGAGAGACAUAAGCUCACUGGUUGUUCAAGAUCAACCUACUCCAACUGCUCCUUCUGAAGAAAGACGUUUCUUUACUUUCCAUGACUGGGGAGUAUCUGUGUAUGACCCAGAUAACUGCCGGCUUUAUCAUCAGAUCCAAAGCACAGAUAUUAUUCCUGGUACACAGGAAUAUGUAUGUGGUGACAGAGGCAUUAACUGCUCAUGGGGAAAUGCCAUCAAUGUGGCUGACCGCUAUGUAUAUGUUUCGCAACCAAAAAAGGAUAGAGUUCUAAUCAUUUCCAGGGUUCAAAUGGUCGUUGUAGAUGUUGUUGUCACAGACAAGUAUCCUGUGGACCUGCACUAUGUUCCUCACCUUGAUCAAGUCUGGUUAACCUGCUGGCGUAGCAAAGAGGAUCAAGGGACAAAAACAAUCCAAAUCAUUCGUGAUGCCAGUCAGAAGAGAAAACAUCACACUGUCCAUCCUGAACCUGUGGAUGGACACUUUGACUUGGUGAGUGAAAUGUUCAUCCCUCUAAGUCAAGACCUCCGACAUCCUUGGAAGUAUGGAUUUGUUGUACACACUAACCAGCGGGGCAUGUACAAGAUGCACUUGCAGGGAAUGAAGUACGUGAAAACCGUGGAUCUGACUCCAUACAACUGUGCCCCUCACAAUGCAGCUUUUGCUGCUAUUGGGGGAUAUGUUAUAUUGGAGUGUAUUGAACCUGUCACCCAUCGACCAACAGGGCAACUUGUCUUGGACUACCUCACUGAUACUGUUGUGUCCCACAAGACAAAUUUGUUUGGUCAACCACACAUUUCUCCAGACUCUCGUUAUGUUGUGACUCUAGAAAAGACCAAUUCCAGUGUCAUAAUUGUUGCACAAGAAGUAACAGAGGAAGGCCUACAGUUUCUCUUUGAUGUGAAAACAACUCUGCAAAUCAGCGACAUUACUUACUUUCCCUCUCGCACAACUCACAGUUAUGAUCUGUAUGCCAGCUCUUCCAAUAAAGAAGACAUUCUCUUUGUUGACCUUGCAAAUGGGAAGGUGGAAAUGAUUACUGGAAUUGGGCGAGCAAUGGAACCAGAGGUAGCAGAAUGGAAAAACACAAACCGGCCAAUGUCCAGUGCAGGAAUCUUUGGCACUUAUAUGGUGACCACAGCCAAUGAAGCAAUCUUUGUAGUAAAUGGUAAAACAAGAACUGUGAAUUGUGAGAUUGGAAGCAUUGUCCAUCCUCGAAUGAUGGUUUGGGUGAAAUCACCCUAAGUUUUUUCUUCUUAUGGGAGGCUAGUUUUUAUGUUUGCUCAGUUAAAUUAAGAUACACUGUUUAACUACUUACAUAUAAUAUUGUGGCCUGCCUAUCCACUUCAUCUAGUAAGAAAUUCUUAAAUACAAGUUAGUCAAAUAUUCUUAAACUAACUCUUUAAACAAGAUAAAAUAGUAAUUCAGAGUAAGUACUUUCAGGCAUUCAUGAUUUUGGUCACAUUCAGAAGCAUACUUAAUAGUAAUUGACAUAAUCAAUAAAUUGUGCUUUCUAUAAUGAAUUAAAUUAGUUUAAAACAACAGGUCACCCAGUUAUAAUUAACUACUUAGCUUAUUUUUUAAGCCAUAAAUUGGAUAUUCUAAUUGUAGAAUACCUAUAAAACCCAGCAAUUUUUUCUUGGAUUUUUGUAGCUCAGGUUAUAUACUUUCUCAUCAGUAUUUUAUGAGUAUUGCUGUACAAAUUGUUAUAACACGUUUUUAAUUCUUUAUUUCUUCAAAGAGAAAAAUUCUAGUCGGUGAUUUUUAAUCUGUAAAAAUACUGUACAGUAUUUUUUUUUGUCAUUCAAGGCAGUUUUGUUUCAGUUGUGAGAUAAAUAUAUACAAGAAUUAAAAGUCCACUUUUGUUAGUUGAAUCAUGUUUUAGUGAGAGAAAAAAAAACUUAAAAAUUUUAAACCAGACAUAAUCUGUUUAGGUUUUAGUAACCAUUACAUGGAUUAAAAGAAUUAUUAUCACGCUUCUAUAUUAGGUAAAAGAUUUUAUUUUUAAAUCCAUGUAUUGAAUGAAAUAGUAACAGAACUUGUUUCAAUAGGAUUGACCUUAAUAAAAGUGUGUGCUAGCUUGUGCCAUUUGUAUAUCUAUAACUACAUGUACAUUCCAGAUAAAACAACCAAACAGCUUGUAAAUGUUUUGAAGUGGCUACCACUUUUAUCAAUUUCAUAGUGGGAUAUUUGUUGUGUGCGAUAAAACAUUUGCUUCAACUGUGUCAGUCAUAUGUGUUAUUUGUGAGAUUUUCUGCUAUAGUUAAAGCAGUGGUCACAAUACACUCAACAGGUAAACAGAUCUAUAAGGUGUUACUAUUUUGGAAAGCUAACUGUAGUUCUUGGUAUAUCAUGAUUGUUUUUAAGGGCAUGUUUCAUGAGCUCUCCGAGGGCAGAUACUAGGUCCCAACGUUGCUUUUUCUGUAUGUGUAGUAUAUAUAUAGCUUGUGCAAAGUUAUGAUCAUCUAUUGUAUGUAUGUGUGUUGGAAUCUGGGAAUAUUCUGAAGCCAAAGUAAUUACUGAUGUGAUACACCAAAAACUGUUUCAGGAAAUUUUAUUCAUUAAAAUCUUCAUAUUUUAAAAUACUCUUCUGAACUGGAAUUUAAAAUAAAAGACAGUGUAGGUUGCUAUAAAUUUCAUCCAUAAAAUUACAAAUAUAUAUAUGUAAUUUUUCAUAGAACAUGCCCAUUGUUUUUUUUUCUCCAAAAGAAAGUUUAAAAAUUGCUUUGCCAACUGAAUUAUAGUAGUAGACUCCUACAAACACAUGUGUAUUAUUAAUUUGGAAUUUAAAAAAGUUAUUAAUGAUGUGAAAAAAAAAUCCUUCUGCAAUUCUUUCUUACAUAAGUAUGUAGUAUAAAAAAACAUUAUAUGGUUAAUUGUUAUGAGAAAAUAAUGGUUACACCACACUUAUACAUUUUAUUCUCUAACUUGUGUUAUGUCCAUUAACAAAUCCAUAGUACUUAUUUGUACAAAAUGUUUAGAAUAAUCAAAUAAUAGUGAACAACUUUUUGUAUGUGUGUACAACAGAUGCAGCUUUUACCACAGACAAAAAUUUUGACAUUUUGCAAAGCUAGAAUAAAUGUGUUAUAGUUCUUUUAACUAUAUUAAUGCAAGAAGUAUUUGAACAAUGCAAGUCAAUGAAAAAGGUUAUGACAUAUAAGAAAAGAACUUUCAGGUUAAGUAGCACAAAUUCAAUUAUUAUAUUUAAGCCAAUAGGCUGAAUUUUUUUCCAAUUUACUAACCUCUUUCUGUGGCCUUUACAUCGAGAAAUAAGAAAAAGAUUUAUAGUUGUAUAUUUUGUUUUGUCUUCUUACUUAUUCUUGUGAAAUUGAAAUGUCCUAAACUGCCCAACAUACAAGUAUAUGUUUUAAUCAGUCCAAAUAUAAAUUAAAAUUUACAUAAAUUACUCAACCUUUCAAUAAGGACAAAAUAAGAUUCCAGGGAGAAACAUUGGAAGGUUUUACCAGUUAAGUAUACAACAUAUGUUCAUGCAUUUCAUGUUAUCACACCACACCUUUUUAAACCAUAGGCAGUAAUGUUAAAUCUAGUAACCUGGCUGUAAAGUAGGUCUGUUAAAAAAAAAACUCAAAGUGCACAUAUAAUAUCUAUCAAUGUGUUCAUGAGUAUGCAAAAUAAAUUUUAAGAAUAACUUUGUUUAUUGCAUCUGCAACAAAUUCUGACUUCAGAAUGCACUUGAGUUUUGAUAAUCUCACUUGAAGCCAGAUAUCAGACUAAGGAAUCAUCUGGUAUACAUCAGUGACCUAACAGAUAAAUGGAACACUAUUGUAUUACAAUUAUAUUUGUAUAAACUGUUAAAAUAUUGUUCUCACCAACAAUAACUUGCUUAGUAAUAAUUACCCAAAUAUGAUACAAUAUAGUUUCUUAUAAAAGCAAAUGUAUUAUUAGUAAAGCCAGUUUUCAAUCUACUUAAGUAGCACUAAUGAAUGCAUUUGGUAUAGGUUAAUAAGUGUUUGUAUUUUUUCCCCUCUCUCUCUACUACAGAGCUGGCUAUUUCUGAAAGUACUGAUAUACUUAAAAACUUCAUGUUUUCCAAGAUGUAUUCUUGUAAUAAGUGAUAAUUUAAAAUCUACAGACAACUGAAAUAUGUUAACUACAUGUGUACAAUUCAUAAAAUAUUUCUAAAAAAAAAGCACCUGAAAGUUAGAUUUACACGUGCCAAUCUUUUUAUUUUUAUUUCCUUUUUCUUUUAUAAGGAAAAAAAUGUUGGCUAGGUGUCACUGAAGUAGUUAUGUAAAUGCUAGAAGUGACAUAGUGAUGUUUACUGUUGAAGUUUAAGUGUAUUCAACAUUAUAGAUGAUUAAGUAUUAGUCUGUUUAAAAAAGUCAAAUGUGACGUUAUUUAAAGCUACCCUUUGUACACAUUCACAUGUAGUGUUGUACCAUCUUCUCAUUUUUCCACUUAGUGGUAUGUCAAUGUCAGUCUUGUGUACCUAAAGAAAGCUGUAUGAAUGCCAUGUGUAGUAACCACACAUUAUUCUAUUUCCAUUUCCUGUGGCACUGUAAGUUUGGAUGCAAAAAUGACAAUAAAGCUGGUCUUUUGAAAAAUAA